AUGUCAAAGCGUCAAAAAAGGUGUGCAUUCUCUAUAGAGCGCAGCACCCAGAAACUCUUCCAUACCAUUGGCUACCGAAUCGGGAAAUCCAUCGGAAAAGGCACCUACAGUAAAGUUUGCAUCGCCAUCAAUAGCCUGGGUCAAAAAUUGGCGUGUAAAAUUAUAAAUAAGCGCUACGCGGGAGAAGAUUUCAUACAGAAAUUUUUGCCUAGGGAGUUAAGGAUAAUAACCGCAAUCAAGCACCCGAAUAUAGUAACAGUGUACAAGAUUUUGGAAAUCAACGAUGUCAUCUAUAUGUUCAUGGAUUAUUGUAAAAAUGGUGAUCUUCUAGAGUAUAUAAGGCAACAUGGAUCUUUUUCCGAAGAUAAAGCCAGAACUAUAUUCAGGCAAAUUGUAAGUGCGGUGCAUUACCUACACAACUUAGACAUUUCUCAUCGUGAUCUGAAAUGUGAAAAUGUCUUUCUCACGGCGACUGAUCAAGUCAAGCUGGGAGAUUUUGGCUUCGCGAGGUUCUGCAAGAAUGAAUUCGGCAAUAAAAUAUUGUCGAACACUUUUUGCGGCUCGGCCGCAUACGCCGCUCCCGAAAUACUACAGGGCGUGUUCUACGAUCCCAAAAUGUACGACAUUUGGGCGCUGGGAUGUAUCCUGUACGUGAUGAUGAGCGCUUCGAUGCCUUUCGACGAUUCCAAUAUCAAAAGGAUGGUCAAGGAUCAAAUGAGCCGUUCCAUAUUUGCCGUCACUCUUUUAUGGUCUGAUCACUCCAUAGAUUUGAAGAAACUCAUCAACUCCCUUUUGGAACCGGAUAUGUUAAAACGGGCGACAAUAACUCAAGUGGCGAAGAGCGGAUGGUUGGAAGAGGGUAGUUUCAAGAAAAUUAAACGGCUGCUAUCGAUAUCGGAAAGUUCGUUGUUUUGAAUAUAAUUAGUUGGAUACAGUCAUGUAUGCAGUUGGUCAUAGACAAAUAAGUUAUAAAAUAU